AUGGUCAUUUUAGAAGAACAUUAUCAUGGGAGAUCUUCUGUUGCAGUUCCAUUCACUUGGGAAUCUCAACCAGGCACUCCUAAGAUCAAAUACUAUAGAGAAAAUCCUCUUCCUCCUCUAACUCCACCACCUUCAUAUUUCUAUAACACUCCCACAAAAAAGCACUCUAAACCUAACAAUAAUAAUCUUUUAAGCACAAUCUUCCCCAAGCGUGUUUCGCCUGCGUCCUCGUCCUCGUCUUCGUCUUCGUCUUCAUUUUCGUCGCGGAUGCCUUCAACGUCGUUUUAUUCUGUUCCAUCUUCACCUAUUACAGUUUCGAGAAGUCGCGUUCGCCAUGGAACGUCUAAUCCGAGAAAAUCUUUUGAUUUAUCAUCAAGAAUGGUAGUCGAUGAGACCGAAUGUGAUUCGACUUUGUGCUUCGGAGCCAAUGUUAGGUCUCGAGGUUGCUAUGCGUCGAUGAUUAAGGAGAUUAAGAUAGUGAAGCUGAAAUCGAAUUCUAAACCAGCAUAA